AUGGCGGCCGAGCCCAAGGAUUCGGGUGUCUCAUUCGCACCGUUUUUCGACCGCUGCAAGCUACCGGCAAGCGUUAAGCAUGACUGUGACACAUUCGUAAUGACAAGAUAUUCCGAGACAGCGCGACCCGCUCCGUUUCAAGGUUACUGUUCGUAUACGGUCUUCGUCGGAGAGGAAAUAGUCGUCCAGUUUCGGCCAUUAGCCCAUAAACUCGACAUCAGCAUCACAAAUACCGCUUGCAAGAUUUUCGGCCCCUUAGCUCCCGAAACCGAGUUUCUAGGGGAGUUAGGAAGUACAGGUCUUUACGUCUUCUCUAUGAGAAGAAUACCAGGGGUCUCUUUGGCGGAUCUUCGCGCUGAGACCAAGACUUUACAGGCAAAGUCGCGACGAGAACAGAUUGUGCGCGAUUUCGCGUAUCUGCAAGCUACGAGCUGGCGCAAUGGAAUAAACCAUAGUGAUGUACGGGAGAAAAGGAUGGUGGGCUCCUCGUUGCGUUGGCGAAUGGAGCUGAUGACAAAGAAUAUCCCAUCUCGUUUUCGCGGCAUCGCGAGAUCUGUCCUUGCUGACCUACCGGAAAUCGAGGCCCUGCCAUGGACAUUAAGCCAUGGCGAUUUCUUACCUUCGAAUAUAAUGGUAUGCCCAGAAUCGGGAAAACUGUUGGGUUUGCUCGACUGGGCUGAGGCUGAAUAUCUUCCUUUUGGUGUUGGUAUGUAUGGCCUGCAGGAACUACUUGGGGAAGACAAAGAUGGGCAUUUCGUCUACUAUCCCGAAGCCAAACACCUUCGUAAUUUAUUCUGGGCGGAACUCCUCUCCAAGGUUCCUGAGUUAUCACAAAACUCUAAGCGUGUUGCACUUAUUCGAAAAGCACAAAUUCUAGGCAUAUUCUUAUGGCAUGGUAUCGCUUUUGACGACGGCAAAUUAGAUCGUACUGUUGAAGAGGGGAAGGAUGACGAGGAAAUUGAAAGACUGGAUGCUUUUCUGCUGUCUCGUUCAGGGAUACGGCCUCUAAAGUUACGGCAUAUUCAUCCGAUUGUAGACUCACCUAUUGCGUUUAUACGAGACCUUCUGUCUGGGAAAGCAUGUUGUUAA